UUAUUUUCGACAAAGUCCGGCAUGAGGAAUACUAAAAGUUACGACGAAUCGGUGUUACGGGUCACGAGAGGUACUCAGUUGGAUGCUGAGCAUAUGUUAUGCGGUUUCUAUGUUAUUUUGCGGCCAGCAGUCGUCACUCGGGGAGUGCCAUCACGUUACGACGCAUUUUUGCUCCUCGUUCUUCGUCUGCCUGUUGAAGGACUGGGGAAAAGGUCAGGGAUCACAGGGGGAUGACGCGAGAGCCAGUGCCGAGUCCGGAGGAAAAUCCGGGGUUCCGUUUAUUCGUCGACCGGUUGUGUUUCACAGCGUUUGCUGGAAUCAUGCCCUCAAUGUUGACCAGCGCUGGCCUCGAAAUCCCACAGAACUUGCUCGAAGCUUUGACGAGCGAUAAUUUAUCCCAAGAUAUUGUGGUUUCGCAGAUAUCACAGUCGGGACCACGCAGAAAAUAAGUGCAGGCUGGACAGUUUGUCGCCAAGGCCGGGAGGUGUCACCGG